CGGGGGGAAACAAGAGGCGUGAGAAGCUGGCUGACAGGCCUUUGGGGUAGGAAGGCGAGAGCAACAGGAGUUUUUUUAACUUGGCUAAAGUGGAGGAAGACCAAACAAGAAUUUGUUUUCCGUAGACAAGUCAUUGUAAACAGCUCCCAACAAAAUCUUGGUUUUUGAUACAUCCUGAAUUGGGCUACAAUGCCUGCCGCACCAGUUCUGCAACCAAUUCUUAAAAUGAAAGUUGAUGAACUCUUCCUCUAUUGGUUGAGUGAGACGACGACACAGUCCAUGCUGAAAGAUUACCUGAAACGAAUAGAGUCUGGUGAAACAAUUGAGGUAGGCAUUGGUGAUACAUCAAAUGACCAACCUCCAACUGUAAGCAAUAACAACAAACAUUCCAGCUCCGAAUUGAACGUAUUGAGUUACUCUACUUCCCCUUUAGUGACAUCUAAAUUUUGUUCAAGUCCUCCAUCCCAGCUUACUUCAGCUCUCCCAUCUGGCACCGUUUUGAGUCCAAGAAACGGAUUAAAUACUCGAACAACAAGGAGAUCAUCAGGGAUUAAAGCUGUUCGGGCAAAAAAGGAGAACCCCUUGCCACCAGCUCUGAGUGAGUGCAUUCCAAAGUUUUAUUUCCCUCAAGGUUGUCCAAAAAGAAACCUUGAUGUAGAUGCACUUAUUGCCAGGAUAGAAAAUGCUUACACACAGUUUGAAAAUGAAAGAGCAACUUUGGAAGACAUGGGAAAAAUUGCAAAAGUGUGUGAUUGCCCACUGUAUUGGAAAGCCCUGUUGUUUUGUGCAGCUGGUGGGGAAAGGACAGGAUAUGUCUCUGUUCAUAAGUUCAUCGCGAUGUGGAGAAAGAUCUUACAAAACUGCCAUGAUGAUGCAUCUAAAUUCCUAUGUCUUCUGGCAAAGCCUGGAUGUAGUUACUUAGAGCAAGAGGACUUCAUUCCAUUGAUACAGGAUGUGGUAAACACACACCCUGGGUUGACAUUUCUUCGAGAAGCUGCAGAAUUCCACACCCGGUAUAUUACCACAGUUAUUCAGAGGAUAUUUUACACAGUAAACAGAUCUUGGACAGGACGUAUAACAUGCACAGAAAUCAGGAAAAGCAACCUUCUACAAAACCUAGCCUUACUGGAAGAGGAAGAGGAUAUUAAUCAGCUCACCGAAUUUUUCUCCUAUGAGCACUUUUAUGUGAUCUAUUGUAAAUUCUGGGAACUUGACACUGACCAUGACCUCUACAUUGAUCAGAAGGACCUGGCAAGGCAUAAUGAUGAUGCUAUAUCUGGUAGAAUGAUUGAAAGAAUCUUCUCUGGAGCAGUCACAAGGCACAGAAAAACUCCUAAAGAAAGGAAGAUUGGUUAUGCAGACUUUGUCUGGUUUUUGAUUUCUGAAGAAGACAAAAAGACAUCAACCAGUAUUGAAUACUGGUUCCGCUGUAUGGAUCUUGAUGGAGAUGGUGUGCUGUCAAUGUAUGAACUGAACUAUUUCUACGAAGAGCAGUGUAAAAAGUUGGAGUGUAUGUCUAUUGAGCCACUGCCGUUUGAAGACUGCCUUUGUCAGUUACUUGAUCUAGUUAAGCCAGAAUGUGAAGGAAAAAUAACACUUCAUGACUUAAAGAAGUGCAAGAUGGCAAAUGUAUUUUUUGACACUCUUUUUAACAUCAGCAAGUAUCUGGAACAUGAACAGAAGGACCCAUUUUCUAUUCCAAGGCAGGAUGUGGAAAAUGAUGGGCCAGAAAUGACUGACUGGGAGAGGUACGCUUUACAAGAAUAUGAAAAUCUGGUGGCUGAAGAAGCAGCGAAUGAAAACUGGAAUGACGGGGACUCUGAGCUGUCUGACUACUAAAAAAUACAUCUUUAAAAAACAAAGAAAUUUUAAGAUCUUUGUGAAAUGUGAUCAGCAACUAAGAAAAAUGUUGGGAAACCGAAAGGAGAAGACUUUGAAGUGUCUGUUGAUGUGUGUGGAGUCUUUUUUUUAAUUGAAAAAUGAUAUUUUGUCAGUAUGUCUUCACAGUUGCCAUAUGUACUUGUCACACUCUGCAGCUGGUCUGCUUUAGAGAAUGUUUAAAAACAAGCAACAUACUUUAAAGGAAAAUUUAGAAUUGUGCAGCUCCAUGCCCCCCCUCUCCCUGGUUGCCUGCAAUCGGUUAAAACUUAUUUAAAGAAUUUUUGACACAUACAUAUUUAAGAAUUAUUUUUAGUGUUGGAGAAGUCAAAUUCUUCAUUUAUCCCAGUGUAAGUUUGAAGACCUUUGGCAAGAACAGAUAUUUAUAAAGGCAUAUUUGAUUAGUAUUUGAAAGAUAGCAGGGUAACACAACUCUCGCUUAACUUUCUCCAGAAGUGCAGAGUGUAUCCACUGUGCAGGUGAACAUAAAUAACUUGAUUAACUCUGGAGAAAGCACAAUGUCCAGGCAAGUUUCCUCUGGUUUGAAACCAUGUACAUUUUCUUUUUUAAAAAAAAAAGGAAGUGUUCUGUACUCCAGACACACUCUGUAGUUGCAGCCCUCUGACUGGACAUUAGUGUUUAAAAAUGGUAAUAGAAAGUAAAGUGCUGCAUGAAACUGUUGCUUGCUAUGUGGUGCACAGAUGUAUGGCAGGUGGAUUAUUAAAGAGCACAGAUUUUUGCCUAUUUUUUUGACCAAGUUACCUUUGCAUGCUGCAUUCAAGCAGCUGAAAACUUCCUUUGUUCUGAAGAAAUGCGGAAAUCUGGACCGCUUAAAAGCUUAUGACAUGGUAACCGCAGACACCUCUGCUGUCUAAUUUAUCAUAUUCAUGUUUGAAUCAAUUGUCACUACAUUCCAGUUUACAGAAAUAAAUCACUCUUGACAUACAAACACGGUUUAAACGUUUCCAUCCCACAGUUGCCCAGUGAUGACUCUGCACUGUCCUUAAGAAUUAAAUGUGCCUUCAUUUUUAACGGGUAAGAUUUUUACACAUAUAAUAUUUGAUAAAUGAAAUUUUGCUAUAGCAAACUUGUAUGUUAUGAGGCUAUGUUGUACAUAUUUGAUAUGUUUGUGUAUAAUUUUUUGAUUUGUAGAGUCUUGCGGUGUAUAUUUGUGUUGUAGUACUAAAGCAUACUUUUCAGUGUUGAG